AUAUCAAAUUGAUCGUCGAUGUCGGCAGUUUGUCGUUGAAUUUUGCUUAAAUUUAAGCGUACAACCGUUCGGUAUACUCGGUCGGGUUAGUUCGGGCGUGUCCGUGAGCGGUCGGUUGGUGACGGAGAGGAUCGGUGGCGCGCGCGAGUCACUCGGGCGACCGGGGGCCGCCAUUUUCCUCCAGCGAGGGAGAGUGUCGCGAGCGUAGUUCCGCGCAUCGUCGGUUCUUCGCUUUUUUCCAUUAAAACCGUUGAAUCGAGAUAUAUUUUGAAGAAACGAUCGGGGCGUCAUAAGGGUAGACGCGCGCGCGAUCACAGUGUCCGCAUUCGUACGAUCGACACGGGGCUUCUUUACGGGGGGAGGCUCUCCGAAGUCGGCCGUGGACGACGCGAGAGCGGCGCGAACCGAGAGGAGAGCCGCGCCGCCGUGUGGACACCCCUCCGCGUAAAAGAGAGCGAGCUAGAAAAAGAGAGAAGAAGAAGAAGAAGAAGAAGAAGAAGACGAAGAAGAAGAAGAAGAAGAAGAAGGAAGAAAGAAGAAGAAGAAGAAGAAGGAGAAGGACCGAAGUAACGCGAGAAAGGAUACGAAGGAACACAGUGGUGAAAGAGUGAAACGAUUUGUGUUAUUCCCCCUAUACCGUUGGCCCCUCUCACAAUCAGUACAACCGGUGAAAACGCCACGAGUACGACGAAGAGUACGAAGGUGCCCGAGAAAUAUAGGAAGAGUCGCCUCCGACAGGAGACGGUAUUCAACGAUUCGUGAUGCGUUGGAGGUUCUGCGGUCCUUGUACAAAAACCAACCAGAAGUCAGUGUUGCAACAACAAUUUGUGUGACAAAGCAUCAAAGUGCAAAACCAUAUAAUCACACAUUCGAAGAGGCUUCUUUACCAGUGGUUUAUAAGACUUUUUUGAGAAAUAGUGGACAUUUUUAGUGAAACUGAGAGUAAGAGUGAAAAAUACAAACAUAGGGGGGGCUGUCUGACCGAUGGACAAACGGAAGAUGAUGCCCAAACGCCCUCGAAUGGAGAAUCUAAGGGGCCCUAUUGCAAAUGGGCCCAUCCAAACACGACCAUUAGUGGCUUUACUCGAUGGACGAGAUUGUUCCAUCGAAAUGCCCAUUCUUAAAGAUGUUGCGACUGUGGCAUUUUGUGAUGCUCAGUCAACAUCAGAAAUUCAUGAGAAGGUAUUAAACGAAGCUGUAGGUGCACUUAUGUGGCAUACUAUAAUUUUGACAAAAGAAGACCUUGAAAAGUUCAAAACACUACGGAUCAUCGUUAGAAUCGGAUCUGGGGUGGAUAAUAUCGAUGUCAAAGCAGCUGGCGAACUUGGCAUCGCAGUGUGCAAUGUGCCUGGCUAUGGAGUCGAAGAAGUAGCGGACACCACUCUCUGUCUGAUUCUAAAUCUUUAUCGACGCACAUAUUGGUUGGCAAAUAUGGUACGCGAAGGAAAAAAAUUCACUGGACCUGAACAGGUCAGGGAAGCAGCAACAGGAUGUGCAAGGAUACGAGGUGACACACUUGGCAUAGUCGGUUUAGGCAGGAUCGGCUCUGCAGUCGCAUUACGUGCUAAAGCUUUCGGUUUUACUGUCAUCUUUUAUGACCCUUACCUACCUGAUGGAAUCGAGAAAUCUCUUGGACUCACCAGGGUUUAUACAUUACAGGAUUUACUAUUUCAGUCCGACUGUGUAUCUCUACACUGUACCUUGAAUGAGCACAAUCAUCACCUAAUAAAUGAAUUCACUAUUAAGCAGAUGAGACCAGGAGCAUUUUUAGUAAACACAGCACGAGGUGGACUGGUAGACGAUGAUGCAUUAGCUGCCGCACUUAAACAGGGUAGAAUUCGUGCAGCGGCAUUGGACGUUCAUGAAAAUGAACCGUACAACGUCUUUCAGGGUCAGUCUACGCAAUGUCCGUUGAAAGACGCGCCCAAUCUGUUGUGCACACCACACGCUGCAUUCUACAGCGAUGCAAGCUGCACCGAACUACGUGAGAUGGCGGCCAGUGAAAUACGAAGAGCUAUCGUCGGUCGCAUACCAGACUGCUUACGAAACUGUGUAAACAAGGAGUAUUUCCUUUCCUCGACCGGCAGCUACCCCGAGGGGAUCAACGGCGGAUACUACGCUGGGGCGCUGCCCGUUCAACAGGCGCAUUCAACGACUCCUCACGAUUCUGCACCCCCACCUCCCGGUGGGCAUUCCGUCGUCGGCGGCGGUGGUGGUGGGGGUGGUGGCGGACCAAACUCCUCGGCAGGCGGUGCAGGCGCCGGGGGUCCGACAGGCCCCGCGGGUCCAACGGUAGGCGGCGGCGGGGCUGGAGGCCCUGCUUCAGCUCCCCCUACUGCUGGAUUACCCGGUCUACCACACAGCAUACAAGAUGAUGAUGGUGGUAUUCGUCUCUCGUCGAUACUAACAACGACCCGGAAUUGCUUUAGAGCAUUAGUUCCGACAACGAAGAGAGGCAUACAAUCCCUCCCAAGAUGGCUGCUGCCGGGCGUAUCGACGUUUGGCGUUUAGAGGGUUUCCCAGAGGUAAGCUCAUCGGAAAUUGUAGGACUUCCCUCCCUUGGAAUCAACCCUGCCUCUUUUUCAGGCCC